AUGGCUUCGCGCGCACCAGUUGGAGGUCGCCCCGGUGCGAGGUUCGCUCAGUUCAAGCUUGUUCUGCUCGGAGAAUCCGCGGUCGGAAAGGAUCAAUUCGAUGAUUACAGAGAGUCGACAAUUGGCGCUGCUUUCCUGACACAGACGAUUUCGUUGGAUGAGAAUACGACGGUAAAGUUCGAAAUCUGGGACACAGCUGGCCAAGAACGGUACAAAUCUCUGGCACCGAUGUAUUAUAGAAAUGCAAACUGUGCCGUCGUCGUUUAUGAUAUCACACAAUCGUCAUCACUCGAUAAGGCCAAAUCGUGGGUGAAGGAGCUGCAACGUCAAGCGAACGAGAAUAUCAUCAUUGCCCUAGCCGGAAAUAAGCUGGAUUUGGUCACCGAGAACCCGGACAAGCGUGCUAUUGCGACAGCUGAUGCGGAGGCAUAUGCCCGAGAAGCUGGAUUACUCUUUUUCGAAACAUCAGCCAAGACAACCACUAAUGUCAAGGAGCUUUUUACCGCCAUUGCAAAGAAGUUGCCGCUUGACCAAGCCGGACCACGAAAUCUGCGAGCGAGCGCGAGACCUGGUGUUGAUCUACGACCCGAAGCUGCUGGCACCCAGGGAGCUAAUGGUUGCAGUUGCUAA